AUGUCCUGCUUCAACCAGUGCCUGCCUUGCCAGCCCUGUGGCCCGACCCCACUGGCCAACAGCUGCAAUGAGCCCUGUGUCAGGCAGUGCCAGGACUCCAACGUCAUCAUCGAGCCCCCUGCUGUGGUGGUGACCCUGCCUGGACCCAUCCUCAGCUCCUUCCCACAGAACACCGCCGUGGGAUCCUCCACCUCCGCUGCUGUUGGCAGCAUCCUCAGCUCUGAGGGAGUGCCCAUCUCAUCCGGGGGCUUUGGCCUCUGUGGUUUGGCCAGCCGCUACUCCAGCAGGAGGUUCUUCCCCUGCUAA